GGCUAUAGACGUUAUGUGGCAUUCGCGUAUAUCGGCGUAAAUGCAGUUGGGUUCGUGGUGAACUUUUGGGUGCUGUACAUCGUAGCACCACUCUUGUGUUAUCAACAAGUGAAAGUACCGAAAAGUAUUCUAUUUUAUAUAGUGACACUAUGUAUCACUGAUCUGAUGAUUAUGCUCGGUUAG